GAUGACAGCCACUGGACUUAAGGCCCGCAGGGACAGAAACAACACGUGUAAUUUUGGCAGCAGACUGCAUCAUCCUGCUUGUCCAGCUGCUGCAGGAUGUCGCUGCUGGUGCACAUGCUCGCCUGUGCCUUUGGCCUGGGCUCCUGGGUGGCAGUGAACGGCCUGUGGGUGGAGCUUCCACUCAUCGUCAACACUCUCCCUGAAGGCUGGGACCUGCCCUCCUACCUGACCGUCAUCAUCCAGCUGGCCAACGUGGGACCCUUGCUCAUCACGCUCACGCACAAACUGAGCCCGGGCCGCAUAAACGAGCGAGCCGUCAUCUACGCCAUCCUCUCCGUCGGCGUCUUGUCCUGCGUUUUGCUGGCCUUCUUCUGGGAUGAAACCACCAUCGUGGCUGGCGCCUCACACAGCACGGCCUUCUUCAUCAUCACCUUCUUCCUCUCGCUGGUGGACUGCACCUCGUCCGUCACUUUUCUGCCCUUCAUGACUCGGCUCCCGGCAAAGUAUAUCACCACAUACUUCAUCGGAGAGGGGCUAAGUGGCUUCCUCCCUGGCGUUGCUGCUCUUGCCCAAGGCGUGGGUAUGGCCAAGUGUGUUAACUCGUCUCAGGCUUCAGGAAACCACACAGGUGGAAAUGGGUGGUUCCUCCAAACCCAGUAUCUCCCACCCAACUUUUCCAUAGAGGUGUUUUUUUCCUUCCUGACAGCCAUGAUGUGCAUAAGUCUGUCUGCGUUUGUGGCGCUGAACAGGCUUCGUUUGCCAUUGAGUGAACACCUAGUGGCAGACUCAGUGGCGCCAGUCUGCUCAGGCCUGGACAAUCCUGCUGCGGACACUGAUGGAGAUGACCUAAGAUGCCAGAACAAGGAAGAGAGCCAGAUAGUUCCUCCCCUGGCAGGCCUCAAUCACUCUGUAUACCAGCUGACCUUGAUCUACUUCCUGGUGGUGUGGGUUAAUGGUGCUACCAACGGCGUGCUGCCCUCCGUACAGACGUACUCCUGCAUGCCAUACGGGAACCUGGCCUAUCACCUUUCUGCUGCUCUGGCUUCAGUGGCUAACCCUGUGGCUUGCACCAUUGCCAUGUUCUUCCAGAACAGGUCUCAUAUGUUUCUGGGUGUGCUGACGGUGAUUGGAACAGGCUUUGGUAGCUAUAACGUGGCCAUGGCUGCUAUGAGCCCAUGUCCUCUACUUCAGGGGUCUGUGGCGGGACAAGUACUCAUUGUGCUCUCGUGGCUUUUCUUCACUGGUACUCUGUCUUACAUCAAGGUGAUGGUGGGCAUCAUCCUGCGUGACCACAGCCACAGCGCCCUGGUUUGGUGCGGAGCUGCAGCACAAAUGGGAUCGCUGGUGGGCUCGGUUACCAUGUUUCCUCUGGUAAACAUCCUCAAGCUCUUCAAGUCUGGGGACUUCUGCAACACUAAAUGCCCCCUCUAAAAUGAUGAGUAUUUUGUUGAAGAGGAGAGGAGUGGUUGGCUUUAGUAUUGAUUGUUUUGCAGUGAUUUGACCACUGCUUCUGAGCACUGGCGCCUUCACCUGUCCCUGAUUGCCAAUCAGGGUGCUCACCUGUCCUUAGUUGGCAAUCAGGAGGGUUUGUCCUCCAGUGUUGUCAGGUUGACGGUGCUGGUUCAGUGUGGACUGCGCAUGGGUUGUCUAACCCUGGAUUUGCACUGCAGAACAUCUUUGUCAGAUUUAAAAAAAACAAAAAACAGAAAAAAACCCACUUCAAAAACAGCAUUUGGUGGCAUCCAAAACUACGCGCAAGCUCAUGACCAAAUGCAUCAACUUAAUGAUUUGACGUUUUGAUAUUGUUUAACAUGAUUAUACAACAUUUCGGAAAGGAGGAAAUACAUCAUAGGUCCCCUUUAAUGUUUAUAUGUCAACUUGUUCCACUUUAAUUGUAUUUUGUUAGAAAUUGUAAAUACAUGUUAUUUUUUAAAUAAGCGCUAAAUAAACUAAUUUAUUAAAAAAUAGAAAAUGCAAUGGUUGACAUAGCAAGAAAUCAACUCAUUAUAGUUCCCAAAGUCAUGAAACCAAGACAAUGUUAUGUUUGACCGCUAGGUGGCAGAAGCACAACACCAAAAGCUGUAACUCAAAUUUUACAAGCACUCAGUGACCACAUUACAAAAGCUAUUCCUUUGACUGUAUAUUUAUAGUAUGUGCGGCAGUGCCUGACAGGAUUUUAAAGAAAAAAAAAAGUAUUUUACUCAUCUUCAGACAUUUUGCUUAUACUGGCUAGGAAUUUUUAAACAGGGGGGAAAAUACAUUCAAAACAAGCUUACUGUUCAUUUCAGCAUUUGAAAGGGUCAGUGCACAGUGAUCUUUAUAGAUAGGGAGAACAGGCUUUAGUGUCAACACUCAUAUUUUGCCAAGAGAGGGCGCUGUCUCACAAAUUGUGGUGUGAAAAUUUUACAGAAUUGGGAUCAGAGCUCACCUACAUAGUCAUCUCUAGAAUAAGACAGCUGGUGAGAGAGGACAUAAUAUGUAAAUAUUAAAAAAAGUUAAAAAUGUUUCAGUAUACCAAUGAUUGUCACACACACACUAGGUGUGGUGAAAUGUGUCCUCUGCAUUUGACCCAUCCCCAUGUUCACCCCCUGGGAGGUGAGGGGAGCAGUGAGCAGCAGCGGUGGCCGUGCCCGGGAGUCAUUUUGGUGAUUUAACCCCCAAUUCCAACCCUUGAUACUGAGUGCCAAGCAGGGAGGUAAUGGGUCCCAUUUUGUUUAGUCUUUGGUAUGAAAGUUUUUUAGUAUUUGUCUUCUAGGUUUUAAAACGUGUGAAGGGAAGCUUACAGUUUAUUGUUAUUAGCUAGCUAACUAUUUGUUAAACAGUUAACUGUGUACAUACUAGCAAAACAUUCCUGUUAGGGUUGGUUGCCAGAUUCUCUUUGGGGUUUAUUGUCACAUCUCCUACAUAUCAUAUCACAUAUACAGUUGGAUUGCUUACAGAUGUGUUUAUUGUUUAUGUUUCUUGCUUAUUUUGUGUUGUGUAAAGAUCCCUUCAGUUAUGUAUUUUUAUUAAACGUUUUCAUCUAUA